AUGGCUGAGCUAAGCGAGAGGAGAGACAAACAGAAUUUGAAGGCGAGUCUCUCUGAAUUGGAUGUAAAGCAUUGCCCCAUGUUGAGAGCAUUACCAGAUGGUUUACACGAUCUAGAUUCUCUGGAGCAGUUGUCUAUAAGAGGCUGGCGAAAUCUGAAGUCCAUAGCGUAUCCAAGUGGUGGGAGGAGCUUUCCAUCCCUCUGCAGUUUGGAGAUUCAUGAUUGCCAUGAGCUGGUGAUGAUGGUGAAGCCAUUGGCGCCUUUUCUCAAGAAAGUGUCUGUGGUGGAGCUAAAGAGCCUUCAGAAUCUACCUAGGUUUCUUCGUUGCUUGGAAAAAUCACAAUUUCUUGAACAACUCACCGUUGUUGCUGUCCCUAUAUUCAUGUUCAAUUCUAGUGGCUAUAUCUGGCCUUUUCGCAGGUUGAAAAAAUUGGAGAUCGAUAUUAGCAGGCUAUGGUCAGAAGAGAAUAGAGUGGCCAUUAAUGCGAGAAUCGACUACAUAUUGCAAGAGUGUCACUUUUCACUUGGUGAACUAACUUUGACAGGGCUAGAUGUAUGGAAGUGUUUGCCAAAAUCAAUUCAACAUCUCAAGGUUCUUCAUAGUUUAGAGUUGGAGGGUUUUGGAGAAGAAGCAUUGCCUGAAUGGUUUGGACAUCUCUCAUCUCUGACAAAGUUGUGCCUAUCUGAUUUUACAAACUUGAGGGGUCUUCCCUCAAUGCAGAGCCUCACCAAAUUACAGGAGUUUCACAUUCGCGACUGUCCAAAAUUACGGAUUGACUCUGAGAGGAACAAGUUGUCAAGUCACACCCUCAUCUACGUCAAUGGUCACAAGCUUUAG